AGUAAACAUAUCCCCCAACAAUUAAUCCCACCACCUCUGCUGCUCAAAGUACGACGAAAUGCCGAGGGAGAUAGAUCCGACAAUUAACGAAAAGAGCUUCAUUCUCGACGCGCUAAACCAAAAGCUCCGAAUUGACGGCCGGGACUUGGACUCCUUUAGAGAGUUGGAGCUUAACUUCGGAGAUGAUUAUGGACUCGCAGAUGUGCAAUUGGGAAAGACCCGUGUCCUCGCCCGUGUAUCCGCGGAAGUAGUAAAGCCCUUCACCGACCGUCCGUUCGAUGGAAUCUUCACAAUAACGACAGAGCUAGGUCCUAUGGCCUCCCCAGCUUUCGAGCCCGGCCGUCAAACCGAACAAGAAGUCCUCCUUUCCCGUCUCAUCGAAAAGGCCAUCCGUCGCUCAAACGCACUAGACACCGAAUCCCUCUGCAUCGUCGCCGGACAGAAGUGCUGGCAAAUCCGCGCAGAUGUGCACUUCCUCUCCCACGACGGUGCCCUCGUCGACGCCUCGUGCAUAGCCGUGGUGGCCGCGCUCCAGCACUUCCGCCGCCCGGACGUCUCGGUUGAGGGUGAGAAGGUCACCAUCCACACAAUGACCGAGCGGAUCCCCGUGCCCCUGUCUAUCCUACACGUUCCCAUCUGCGUCACUUUCUCAUUCUAUCUCGACGGCGAGGUGUGCUUGGUCGACGCCACAUUGCAGGAAGAGCAGCUGAGGCAGGGAGACAUGACAAUCACGCUCAACAAAUUUGGUGAGCUAUGUCAGAUUGCGAAGGCUGGCGGAUUGGCCAUCAAUGGAUUGAAUUUGCUCCGGUGCGCCAAGAUCGCGCUGGUCAAAGUUGGGGAGAUAGCCGCUACCGUGCAGAGGCGGUUGGAGGAGGAUGCGGCUGCCAGGGUGCGGAGGGAUAAUCUAUUAGAGAGCAAGGCGGAUAAUGAGCGGGCUUGA